UGCCGCCAUAGUCUCAUCUCGCGAUAUUUUAGGGGAAAUUCUCCUGGAACUGUUCUGCAGAGCUGGGUAUUUAAACAGCGUUGUGGACACUGAAAUAGCCAUUGUGUUAUGAAAAUUGGGGCUGUCCCGCGAAAAGCGGGGCUGUUGGGUGGUAUGCAUGCCCCCUAGUAUGCGUUGCUCAUUUUUCAGGGUGGCACUUAUUGCCCUUCUUCUUGUUGCCCUCCUCCAACUACUUUAUCUCUCUCUGCUAUCUAACCUCCAUGGCCAGCAGCAGCGCUCUGCCUACCCGGUGCCUGUGGGCACGUCUCAUACAGGCUCCCAGUCGCACAGGGAACUGAAGGAACAUCUUAGGGCUGCUAAAGUAGGUGGUAUUUUGGAUUCCAGCGGGCAGUACUGGAUCUACCGCCAUCUGUUGCCUCAUGAGAAGGGCAACUGGAAAGACUUGGACGUGGUUUUGGCUUCUCACGCAAGUGUGAAUAACCUGGGACAUUUGCAGGAUCUAGUGCAGCACUGGGAUGGAAGGAUAUCACUGGCACUAUUUGCUUCUAAUGCCGUGCAAGCAAAACUGGCUGUCAUGUUUGUGUAUGCCCUCUCUCAGCUGUGCCCACAUGUAAGGCAGAGGGUGUCUUUCCAUCUAGUAUGCAAAUCUAGUGAUAGGGUAACUUUCCCAGAACUGGAAGAUCUUUCUGACUUUGCCACUCUCCCUAACUGUGAGGCAGUUUUCUCCAAGGCAGCAGACAUGGGAAUUAAGGUCGUUAAUUAUGCAGGUAAUGCUUCUUACCCCAACAACUUACUGAGAAAUGUCGCCAGAGCAGGUAUUGAAAGUGCCGCUUAUGUUCUGGUGGUUGAUAUUGAUAUGGUGCCUAGUGAAGGCCUAAGGUCAGGGUUUGUAAAUCUUGCUACUGGGGGAGUGGAUCAGCAUUUGGUUUUUGUGGUACCUGCCUUUGAAAUCCGCCAUACAAGACGCCUUCCUAGCACUAAGGAGGAACUGAUGCGGCUGUAUCAGGUGGGCGAAGUACGAGCAUUCUAUGAAGAGUUGUGUCCACGGUGUCAGGCACCUACUAAUUAUUCUCUCUGGAUAAACUUGCCGGAAAAGAAACCAGCUGCAAAACUUGGAGUUGCAUAUGUUGUUGAGUGGAAGGAUCCCUGGGAGCCAUUUUACAUAGGGCGUGCUGAUGUUCCAGCCUAUGAUGAGAGGUUUAAGCAGUAUGGCUUCAACAGGAUAAGUCAGGCUUGUGAAUUGAAUAUGGCGGGCUUCUCAUUUGCUGUACUUGACUCAGCCUUCCUGCUUCAUAAGGGCCACAAGCUUCCAGGUGACUUCCACAGUCAGAAAGAUGCAGAAAAUCGAAGAAAUCGGCAACUGUACAGAGGCUUCAAGGAGGAGCUAAGACUCCGAUAUCCGGAGUCUUCCCGUCGUUGCUGAAAGGGUUCUGGAGAUGGCAGUGCUGGGCACGCAUGUUGAACGUUUCAUGGUCAUGUCUAGGUUUUAGGAAUUGAUAUCAUAGGUUUGGUCUUCAAGUCUGUGAUAAAGAUCAACAUGUUUUCUAUACAGGUAUUCUGGGUGAAGUAGAGUAUAUUGUUACUACUGGUUAUUGUUAUGGUUAUCACUGAAUAUUACUUCUGGUCUGGAAAUUGUCAGACUUAAUUACAUGUUUUCCUGACUCAGGAAAACUCUUAUGCUCAUGAGAAUAUCUACAAACUUUUGGACCUUCAGCUGUUGCUAAAUUACAACUAAAAUUGCUCCUAACCCCACUCUUAGGCAUCGGUACUACCUGCAUUUUCCCUGUUUGCAUAGAAACACAGGCGUUGAACAGGCCAAUCGCCUCUCUGUCUUCCCCAUCUUCAGUGUACACUGACAGGCACAGGAUCAGCCUGGGGCAGAAAGUGUUGCAGAAACUGGAAAUUCUGCAGGAUGGUAGUGAAUCUGCCUUCUCGAUGCAAGCUAGAAAGUGGCAAGUGUGUCAUUGGCCUUAACUAUUGGGUAUGGUGUGAACUGUACUUGGGCAACAACUGGAAGUCCACAGGUUUUAAGGGCAUCAUUUCUUAACCACUGAUUUUGUCGCUGAAAAGAUAAAGGAUUUUUUAUUUAUAAAAUCAUUUCACAGAUUAUGAAACAAAACAUAACCAAAACAAAUCCCACAAAAACACCCAUCCCUCUGUCCAUUGGCAACUCUCCACCAAACACACCAAAUCAAAGGCUGGUUUGCAAAGUCUUGUGUUUGUCCAUACAACCUUCCUUCCACCACCUCCCAACCAAUUCAUGAUCCCCAGAAAAGUAUUUCCUGGUCCAACCCUCUCCAGUUUCCAUCCCCCAACAAAAACACAGCCAAUAGCAUUUAAGCAACACAUUAAUAAAAUGAUCCACAUAACAUAUAUAUCUAUGCCAAACUGAGCAGAUUGCCCCAGGCCACAGAAAGCUGCACCUCCAGCCUAUAGAGAGGGAACUGAGAAGAUAUAGGGACUAAUGAAAGGUGCAGGCUACCUAUCAACAUGAGUUUAAUGAGUAGGACUUCUACUGAACAUAAUUUUUGCCUAUUGUUAUUAAUAGGAAAAUCUAUGUUUUUUUUCUUGAACAGUUGUGGGAGCAGAAGCAGGAGAAAGCAGUUUAUCAGGUGACACUUCACAGAUAAACACUGUCUUAUCUGCUUAUUAGACAUCUGCUCAUCUGUAAGCUAAAACAGAAACAACAAAGGUGGCCGUAUACGUUAAAAUCCAUUGUUUGGCGAGGUUUCCAAUUGAACAAAUCUUCUUGCGAUAUGUCCACCUAAGGUGGCUGAUAUCGGGCUGAUUCGAUCAUCGAUGGCUCCUAUGCCCAUUACAGUGAUAACUAUAGGGUCCGUCAGACCGAGGACCACAUAAAUGACCCAAUGCAGUCCCCGAUCGGAUAGGAAAAUCAAACCUGUUUGAUCAAUACCUGGCUGAUUUUUAGCCAAAUAUCAAUAAGGAAGGCCUGUUGGGGGUGCCCCAUACAUGAGCAGAUAAUCUGUUCAAUCGGUCUAAAGGACUCUAAUCGGCAGCUCAAAUCUGCCUGUGAAUGGCACACUUAAGGGCUCUGGCACACGGGGAGAUUAGUCGCCUGCGACAAAUCUCCCUUGUCACGGGCGAUUAAUCUCGCAAGGCAUUUUCGGCGAUUUGCCGAAAUCGCCUGCGCAGCAUGUGCCAUCCCACCGGCGACUUACAUUUUCGCCGGUGGGAUGGUACUUCGGGGAGAUUAGUCGCCCGUGACAAGGGAGAUUUGUCGCGGGCGACUAAUCUCCCCGUGUGCUAGAGCCCUAAGGGGGUUGUCUAUACAGAGCUCAUUAUCUCUAUUUAAAAAUACAUCCAUUCUUAAUUAGUGCUUUUUUUUCACUAAAAAGAUGGGAAGUUUACACUAAAAAUGGGAGCAUGUACCCUUUCCUCUAUGGUGUUUUUUUUUCCUUUACAGUUAAAGGCAUUAUUCUGUGCACAGAUUAUACCUUUUUUGCUUACAUCUCUAGAAAAGAGCAGGAGCUGCCUUAUUGCUUAGGCUUAUGCCACAUGUGUUGGAUUCUUGGUGUGCAGAUAAGCACAGGCCAAGGAUCCGCCCCAUGUUUGAAACAGCACUCACAUCGGCCUGGGUGCAGGCACAUACAGUGAAUAUUAGUGGAGAAAUGCAUACUCAUGCAUUCUGGAGCCGAAAUCUGCUUCAUGUGCCAGCAAAUGGGCCAUAGCAGUGGCUCCGAGAACCAACACAGGUUUAAAACGAGUAAAGCUGUUUGGUAGUUCCCAUGCUCUAUUUUAUUAUAGAAAAGGUAAUCUGCGCACACUGAAAGCUUUGCCAACAUACACUACAUUUUAAAGGGCCAAUAAUGCCAAAAAGAAAAAUCAUACUGUUAAUAAUUUUAUCAAGCAAAUACAGGUGCAGUAAUUGUUGGCUGCCAAAUACAUUUUCUUUUGACUAGCUUGGUAUGGCAAUUUUAUUUUGAUAAGCAUCAGUGGAAUGUAUUGGCAUUAAUGGCCCUCUGCAACCAUACACUACAUUGUAGACUAGUAAGGUGGCAGGUCACUGUGUGAGCAGAAUAUCUUUCUCUAAAUUAGAAUUUAGUUUAAAAGCUGCUUCACUCCACUGUGUAUAACCUCUGAUUAAGAUGGUGUGUAAUGUUUACUUUUUCGUUCUAGAGUUUUGAUGAAAAUUAUGAUUAUUGGAUAGGAUAGUAUAGUGAAACAGCACCACACACAAACCCCUAUACUGCCCCAUUUGCCCGUACCUGUUGCUCAAAUGAUAUCAUAUUAUUACACUUGGCAGUUGUAGCCAGUCUGGUCCUGACUUUAACUGAGCAUGCUUAUAGUUGGUGAUUGCCACUAGAGAGCUGGAAAAAGGACAUCAAUGACUAGAGAUGGUGCUGCCAACUCUGCUGCUCUUCUCUGCAUUAUGAUUUGGUAUGGGUAAAUUAAUCGGCAGAUCAGCAAAGCACAAGCUUUUCAAUGUAAAGAAAUAUAAUUAUAAAUGAGUGUAACCCUCAUCCGUAGUUAGGUGCCAGCCAAUGAACCAAAGGUAUAAUGUAGCUCAAUAGUGUACAAGUAUACAUAGUAGAUACAGUUGAAAAAAUGCACAAGUCCAGCAAGUUUAACCACCCGUCCAUGUGAAACCCACCUUGCAGUAGUAGCAGUGUUUCAUUAAGCAGAAUUUUAAGGGGUAUUGGUACUAAUAAUUCAGUGUAGUGGUAACUAAAACCAAAUGUGACAUAAAAAAAAGAAAUGUUAUUCAAUGGUAUUCAGUUCUGCAUGUGUUGACAUUUAGCAGGAUUGGGAAACCAUUUCUGGACUAGGCUUGUUUUGUCUGCUGCCGUCCAGCUUCUGUGUAAGCACCAGGAGUGCAAAGGAUUUGUUUAUAUAUAUGACAACAUGCAACUGUCACCUACUGUUAAUGAAAAUAUGUGAUUUUUUUGCUGUGUCAGUACCUAGAGUCCCAUGUGCUCUGCAAGAUGGAAUAUUUAUUGGUUUGAGUGACUACUACUAAUCUGAAUUAGUCCUAUCUCUGCCUAUUUAUAUUGUUGUUUGUUCAGCUUUCAUAUGCAUAAAGCUGUUUCAUGUUGUAAUUUAAUAAGCUGCUUACCUGACAGUAUUAUGUUUGGCUAUUAAACAUAUGAAAUAUGAAAAGUGGUUCACUUUAAAAGGGCAACCUGUCAAGCAAAAAAGAUUCUACUUGUUGCAAGUUUUGGCUGCUGAUACUACAAUGGAGCUUAUACUGGUCUUUUUGAAACUGGAGCACCUGGAUGGAUCCCACACAAACAUAGGGAGAACAUACAAACUCCUUGAACAUAGGACCCCAGUGCUGCAAGGCAGCAAUGCCAGCUGCAUCAACAGCAUGCUGCCCAUAUUGAUUUGGACAGGCAGAAAAUUCCACAGACAAAGUGCAUCAUCAGGUUAUGAUGUAUCCCAAGGACUCCCAUAUAAUGCAGCCUGAGGAUGGAAUGAUCGUAUCAGCCCAGUUUUGCAGUGUAAAUUGUGGGCCAAACUGAUCAGCUUGUUUAGAGACCUAGCUGAAUAAGAAGGUCUAGCUAGCUGUAAUCAGCGUAACAGCAAUAAAAACAUUUCUUUUCUUUUCAUUGAUGGUUUAAAUUAAUUUAAAAAUAUACUACAACAUAUUACAUGUACUCAAGUGUAGUACUAUUUCUUCUAGGAUUAGAGAGAUAUUUACACAUUGUGGCACUGGAAAAAAUAAAUUUUUAUUACAGCCAA